CACCAUCAUGCGCGGCGGCCGUGGCGUCAGCGCGCAGGGCCCCAGCCAUGCCGACGGAGCAGGGCCAGUCGCCGAGGGCUGCUCUUCGGACGCCGUGGGCGUGGACGUCGGGCCCGCCCGCGGCCGCAGUGGGAGCGACGGUGAUCUUCGCAGCGCCAGUGGAGGAUGCCCCGCGCGGGCGGAUGCAGCUCGGGAAGUUCGCGACAGCGCAGCGGGGAGGCCCGCGCGCACAGAUGAUGGUCAAGGUCGGGGCGCCACAGUGAGAGCCAUGAGUCAGGACUCGCUCUCGGAAUAUGCAUCGGUCACAGCAGGGAGCAGCGACUCCAUCCCCCCUUCGGAGGAGCUCGGCCACGGCGGCCAGUACAGCAGCACGUCCGCGUCGGGCAGCUCCUGGGAGGACCUCAGCGACAGCAGGUGGGGCUUCAGCGACGGCAGCCAGAGCGAGAGCGGCAGCGGCAGCUCUGGCUGGGCGUCGGGUAGCUCUCACUCCGAGAGCCACACCCCGCGGAGGGCAGAGGAGCGCGAGCAGCAGGACGCAGAGUGGCUGAAGGAGAAUGAGACUCAGCACGCCGCCGGAACCUGCAGGCCGUGCCUCUACCAUCAGACGAGGGCGGGCUGCGCGAACAGCCGCACGUGCAGGUUCUGCCACCUGCCGCACGCGACCCGGCGCAGGGCGCGGCCGAGCAAGCCCGAGAGGAUGCAACGCAAGCUUGUCGCGAUGCUGGGCAGCAAGUGCGAGGGCGACGCGCACGCCGUCCGCGGGCUGGCCGACGAGCGCGACCCGAGCCAGCACAUGCUCAGCGCCCCCAGGCCCAGGUGGCCGACGAUAUGUGUUGUUCGGACGGGGCGCUUUCCUUGGAUUUAG